AUGAGAGCUGCUUUGGCGUUGGUAAAGGAGAAGUAUCCAUCAAUCAUACCUCUUGGUUGCCUUGCUCAUCUCUUACACCUUCUGUGUGAAGAAAUCUUAAAGUACAAUUCUUUUAUGGCAACUGUUACUAGCAUAGUAAAAACUAUUAAGAACAGCCAUGUCCUAAAAGCAUUAUUUGGCAGGUUUCAAUUGGAAAAAAGUCAAAAGACAAGAGUUUCUUUGAAACUGCCUGGUCAAACAAGAUGGGGAAGCAACUUGUUUUGUUUACAGAGUUUAUUAUCAAAUAAAUAUGCGCUUCAAAAACUAGCUGUCAGUGAAGAAGCAGAAAUCUCAUCAGAAAUGAAAAGACAGAUACUUAAUGACGGUGUGUUUUGGGUCAGAGUAGAAAAAAUGGUAAAUCCAAUUGUUGAGCUUAUCUUUGCCCUUGAAUCAAACACCCCCCUGAUUCAUAAUGUUUAUACAAAGUUUUACAAUAAAUGCCAGAAUUUACACUUCACAUAGUUCAGAUGAAAUCUACAAGCUUCAACAGCUUUUGCAAAAAAAAAUUUUGGUUAUAGACAUCACAGAAAACAGGGGUGGUGAUAGAAAAAGCACUUGUCUGAGGUUAAGAAAAAUUCUGUUAGACAAUACAUUGGUUCCCUACCUGCUUAUGCAUAGAAACAAAUCUAAGAGAGUAUACCUUAGAUGUGAUCUGAAUAUCAAGAAACUUCAUAAAGCAUACAAUUCCAUGACUGAAAACAAUUUGCGUGGCUCUUGCAAUGUUUUGACGUGUCUUCAACAAGGACUUUAAUAUUAGAUUCAAGAGUCCAGCAACUGACGUGUGUAGUUACUGGGGAAAGACUAGAAACCUCGUAAAAAAUGCUAUUGGUGAAGCCAAAGUUAACUUGUUACAACUCAGAAUUCAUAAAAGAAGAGCUCAAGCUUAUAUGAACUCAUGAAAGAAGAACAUAAAGGAGACAUUAUUUACUGCUUUGACAUGCAACAAGUGCAGCAGUUACCCAAAACUCCUAUUCAAGAAGCAUUUUAUGCUCGGCAACUUUCAUUCUAUAAUCUAUAUAUUACAGAUGUAAAAAAUGCUAACCCAAUCUUCUACACUUGGACUGAAAAGCAAGUUGGGAGAGGGUCAACUGAAGUUUCUUCAGCUCUCCUGAACUUCUUGGAAACAUGUGAUUUUAAUAGACAAAAGGUAUUAAAGCUCUUCUGUGAUGGAUGCGGAGGACAAAACAAAAACAACAUUGUUAUCCACACAUUAAUGUAUUUCCUUCCAAUCCACCAUAAAAAAUUAAGUUAAACAAAAAAUAUGAUAAAAUGUUUUCA